CUCCGUUUGACUUGAUCUCGGAGAUUGAUUUAUCAUGGUUAAUAUCGGCAAAAAGUCCAAGCGGACGCCCGUCCGUCUGCGACACAAGAUCGAGAAGGCCUCGGCGGAGAAGCAGCGGAAGCAGAGAAAGAAUGAGAAGAAGAACCCCGAGUGGCGCUCCCGGGUCAAGAAAGACCCCGGCAUCCCGAACCUGUUCCCCUUCAAAGACAAGCUCCUGCAAGAGAUCGAAGAGAAGAAGCGCCUGAAGCAAGAAGAGCAGGAUCGUAUACGGGAAGACGCCCGCACCCGUCGCAAGGAAGAGAAACAGCGCUCGAAGCAGCAGGACGCCAACCCCAACGAGAUGAUCGCCGACGUCGACGUGGACUCGAUGGACGACGACAGCAUGGACGAGGACGGCGACUCGUCGAAUCCCAUGGCGGCGCUGCUUGCGUCGGCGCGCGCCCGCGCGGUGGAGUACGGCGAUGAAGAUGACGAUAUGGAAGACGACGACGAGGACAUGGACGAGAUGGACGAGGAUGAAGGAGAGGGCGAGUCCGAGGCUCCCCAACUCGUGCACCAAUCCCAGAGCAAAGAGACCUCGCGACGGGCCUUCGACAAGGUCUUCAAGCAGGUGGUCGAGGCCGCCGACGUCGUGCUCUACGUGCUGGACGCGCGUGACCCCGAGGGCACGCGGUCCAAGGAGGUCGAGCGCGAGGUGGUGGCCGCCGCGGGCGGCAACAAACGACUGAUCCUCAUCCUCAACAAGAUCGACCUGGUGCCGCCGCCCGUGCUGAAGGCCUGGCUGGUGCACCUGCGCCGGUACUUCCCGACGCUGCCGCUCAAGGCGUCCAACGGCACGGCCAACGCGCACAGCUUCGACCACAAGCAGCUGACCGUCAAGGGCACGUCGGAGACGCUGUUCCGCGCGCUCAAGUCCUACGCCCAGCACAAGCAGCUCAAGCGCGCCGUCUCCGUCGGCGUCAUCGGCUACCCCAACGUGGGCAAGUCCUCCGUGAUCAACGCGCUGACCGCCCGUCUGAACAAGGGCUCGAGCAACGCGUGCCCGACGGGCGCCGAAGCCGGCGUGACCACCAGCAUGCGCGACGUCAAGCUCGACAGCAAGCUGAAGCUGAUCGACUCGCCGGGGAUUGUGUUCCCGAGCGCAGGCGACAAGACCGCCGCGGGCAAGAAGAACAAGAAGAAGGUGGACGAGCACGCGCGGCUGGUGCUGCUGAACGCCAUCCCGCCGAAGCAGAUCGAGGACCCGGUCCCGGCCGUGGACCUGCUGGUGCGCCGGCUGUCCAAGUCCGGGGACCUGCUGGACAAGAUGCUACAGCUGUACGGCGUGCCGGCGCUGUUCACGGUCGGCAACCAGACGACGGACUUCCUGGUGCACGUGGCGCGCAAGCGCGGCCGCCUGGGCAAGGGCGGCGUGCCGAACAUCGAGGCCGCCGCGAUGACGGUCAUCAAUGACUGGAGAGACGGACGCAUCCAGGGCUGGGUGCCGGCGCCGGUGCUGCCGGUUGUGACGGCGGAGGCGUCGGCGACCGCUGGGCCGGGCGUGGACACGAAACAGAUUGUGACGGAGUGGGCGCAGGAGUUCAAGAUCGAGGGGUUGUGGGGGAAUGGUGAGGAUGAGAUGGCGGAAUAGAAGGAUAGAUUCGGAUACCAGGCGCUGGAAAAGUUC